AUGCGGCUGCCGAUUGCCUCUGGUGGCUUCGUGUCAGCCAUUCUCUUAUGCCUCCUUGCUUUCACCGCUGCCGUUCCGCAUGGCAAGUGGCAGAAAGACAGAGGCCGCCGCAUGGAGGCCCGCGACUCGCCUCCCUCAUACUACGACGACCCGGGCAAUACCUACAAUCCUCCGCCCCCUUACUAUGGCGAUCCGGGCAAAACCUACGGCAAUCCGCCACCUUAUGACUUUGGAACCUCUUCUUUGGCUACUAUCUCUACUUCCAAUUCCUACCGCACUCCUGGUUCGUCGUCAUUCGAGACCUUUGAUCCCACUGCAACGUCGCAGUCUUGGACCAGUCUCGUUUAUCCUUCGACGCUGAGCUCUGGCUACUCCGGAACCAGUACAUCUAGCAGCACGAGCACGUCGAGCAGGGAGUCCGGCCCGACGAGCCACUCGUCUGUCGACGAGUCCGGUAUUCCGGGCACGGCACCGACCUCUACGGACACGACCACGAACGCCUCCACAGCCUCCAGCAUCUCAAUCUCCACCGGGACUCUACAGACAUCGCCAAAGUCUGUCACGGAGAGCUGGCCCUCGACGUCACAAUACCUCACAUCGUCGUCCACUUACGGGCCAUCCAGUGACUCGCAGGCAUCGCCAAGCUCGUCAGCAUCAUCAGCGCUGAGCAGCUCCUCGCGAGAGCCCAAAGCAUCAAUUUCGGCGAGCGACCCGAGCUCACGCAUCUCUGGAACCUCUGUCACUUCCAUCUCGACAACCCAGUCGCAGUCAACCCAAAGUGGUACUAUUGAGACGAGCACGUGGACCCCUCUGUCCUAUACCUCCUAUCCAGGCUCUGGGGGCUCCCUGCGACCAUCGUUGACGCACGAUAGCUCCAUGGUCAUUAAUGGUACCAGCGCCUCAUCCUCUAGCGCCACUCAAUCUCAAUCUCGGCUAUCGGGGAGCAGCGCCGAGACGUCCCUUACCGUCACCUUGACAAUGCAUCCCUCAAGCGCCACUCAGUCUACAUUUUGGCCGUCGGCGAGCAGCGCCAAAACCUCUCUUACCGUUACCUUAACAAUGCACCCCUCGAGCUCCAGCGUCUCCCCAAGUGACUCGUCUCUGCCCGAAACCGAGACUGUGACAUUAACUCGAGCCUCAGAUAUCGGCAAGCCAACACAAAGCCGGUCAUCGCCGAGUUUGUCUACCGUCACAACCGAGGAUCCGAGCCUGACGCAGACUGGCUACCCUAUUUCCCUCUCUUCAGGCUGGGCCAGCUUCACCAACUCAUCGACCGAGACGGGGACUGCCACUGAGACCAGGACUUAUUCUCAAACUGUUCCCUCGGCUGGAAGCAGUGCCUAUUCAUUCAAUACGGGAUCCACAGGUAUCUCAACUGGUGUGACCACUGCAUCCCCGGCCACGACCGUGACCGCAUCAACGGACGGACCCGGCACGCCGCCCUUGCCAUCCACAAGCCAGAAGUUCUGGGGCGUCUGGAACUCCCACGAGCCUCCCGGGGUCAAUGCCGUCAGCCAGCUAUUCCUCUGCAACACUAUCGCAAGCAUCGACGACUGUGUAUUCCUUGACUUCAUCUUCUCCUGCUUCGGGUAUUCGUCAUUCGACAACUACCAACAGAUCUUUGACCUCAAGCCCGGGCUGGGAUCCCGGCAACUCGUCUCAUACCUAUGCUUCCUCAAUUCCAUCCUCGGCUGCGAAGCAGUCCACUUCAAGUGCAUGGAACUCCUCAGCUACCACAGCUUCGCAUGCUUCAACUCGCACCUGGACUUCCUCUCCGCCAUUCCCUAUCCCAUCAAACUCGACCAGCUCUACUCUUCCAAGGCGGAGCUCCGUGUGGAUGAGCACCUCUGCACGAGAAAGCUACAGCUUUGGCCCUUCCGGCACCGCAGAACAGAGACGCAUGCCGCUCCAACAACAUUCAGAACGUCGGUGGCCAAGUCCGGUGCGGGCUCGCAGGGCGUCGAGUCGUCGACUGGGCUCGCACCGGUGACGAGCCUUCCCAACAACCCCAACUACCCGUGGGGUGGCGACUCGCCGAUUCAUAGGCACGAGAACGUGACGGAGCUCAACAAUGGCAUGGCGAGGGUGGGCGUGGAUGCGCGCACGUACGCGUGGCCGAGGUGGGCCGAGGUGGUGGAUAGGCUGCGGACGCUGUGGUCGUGA